ACAAAAAAAAAAAAUAGAAAACACGACAAGCUUAGGAUAUCUAGAGACCAGGGACCGAGAAACGGCGUAACGAUCCGGAUCCUGAGACAAGAAUGCAACACGUGAGCGCUGCCAGCUCGGUGCCAUCGGUAGUAGCCCCCGUAGUGACCACUGGUGGUACGACGAUCACCUUGGGCGGACCCCCACAUACGCUCCCCAAAUCGGAGCACAAAGACGAUGGCAAGCCGCCGCACGGCUUGGAGAUGUACAAGGUUAAUAUCGAGGACAUCUCACAGCUCUUCACCUACCACGAAGUCUUUGGCAAGAUACACGGCGAUGUGGUGAAUCACCAAUUGGCGGCGGCCCACGGAGGCCAGCUACCGCCCCCGCCGCCACUCCCGCCGCAGGCCACCAGUCAUGCGGCGAGUGCGGCGGCCGCAGCAGCGGCAGCAUCCACAAAUAAUGCCGCCGUGGCGGCAGUAAUGGCCUCCGCCAAUGCAGCGGCGGCGGCAGCAGCAGCCGCUUCGGCAGCGGGAGCCGGCGGGGGACUACCGCCAGCUACCAGCGGCAAUGGUGGCCAAGUGACUGUGACGACGACGAGCAGCUCGACGGCCGGUAGCAGCGGCGGCGCUGGGAGCACUACCAGCGGCACUACGACCACGGCGGGUGAGUUGCUAAUGCCUAAAAUGGAGGGCGGCAUACAUAACGUGGACGGCAGCGGCGGCGGGCAGUCGAACGUGGCGCUGGCGCCGGACGGUACGCCGAUUGCGACGGGGACGCACGUCUGCGACAUCUGCGGCAAGAUGUUCCAGUUCCGUUACCAGCUGAUCGUGCACCGGCGCUACCACAGCGAACGGAAGCCGUUUAUGUGCCAGGUGUGCGGCCAGGGGUUCACCACGUCCCAGGAUUUGACCCGCCACGGCAAGAUUCACAUUGGCGGUCCGAUGUUCACCUGUAUUGUGUGCUUUAAUGUUUUCGCGAACAACACGAGCCUGGAGCGGCACAUGAAGCGGCACUCGACGGACAAACCGUUCGCCUGCACCAUUUGCCAAAAGACAUUUGCCCGCAAAGAGCAUCUGGACAAUCACUUUCGGUCGCACACGGGCGAAACGCCCUUCCGUUGCCAGUACUGCGCCAAGACGUUCACGCGCAAGGAGCACAUGGUCAACCAUGUGCGCAAACACACGGGUGAGACGCCACAUCGUUGCGAUAUUUGUAAGAAGUCCUUUACGCGCAAGGAACACUAUGUUAACCACUACAUGUGGCACACUGGUCAAACCCCCCACCAGUGCGAUGUCUGCGGCAAGAAAUACACGCGCAAGGAGCACCUAGCCAACCAUAUGCGCUCCCACACCAACGAGACGCCGUUCCGUUGCGAGAUCUGCGGCAAGAGCUUUAGCCGCAAGGAGCACUUCACCAACCACAUACUCUGGCAUACAGCAGGCGAGACGCCGCACCGGUGCGACUUCUGCUCCAAGACGUUUACGCGCAAGGAACACUUGCUCAACCACGUGCGCCAGCACACGGGAGAGUCGCCGCACCGCUGCUCCUACUGCAUGAAGACGUUCACGCGCAAGGAGCACCUGGUCAACCACAUCCGGCAGCACACGGGUGAGACACCGUUCAAGUGCACCUACUGCACGAAAGCGUUUACGCGCAAAGAUCACAUGGUUAAUCAUGUACGGCAACAUACAGGCGAGUCGCCGCACAAGUGCACGUACUGCACCAAGACGUUCACGCGCAAGGAGCAUUUGACGAACCAUGUGCGCCAGCAUACGGGCGACUCCCCGCAUCGCUGCUCCUACUGCAAGAAGACGUUCACGCGCAAGGAGCACUUGACGAAUCAUGUGCGCCUGCACACGGGCGACUCGCCGCACAAGUGCGAGUACUGCCAGAAGACGUUCACGCGGAAGGAGCACCUCAACAACCAUAUGCGCCAGCACUCCAGCGACAAUCCGCACUGCUGCAAUGUCUGCAACAAGCCAUUCACGCGCAAGGAACACCUGAUCAACCACAUGUCCCGAUGCCACACCGGCGACCGGCCCUUCACCUGCGACACCUGCGGCAAGUCGUUCCCCCUGAAGGGUAAUCUGCUCUUCCACCAGCGCAGCCAUACCAAGGGCCAGGAGAUGGAGCGCCCCUUUGCCUGUGAGAAGUGCCCCAAGAACUUUAUCUGCAAGGGUCACUUGGUCUCGCAUAUGCGCUCCCAUUCGGGCGAGAAACCGCACGCGUGCACUCUGUGCAGCAAGGCGUUCGUCGAGCGCGGCAAUUUGAAGCGCCACAUGAAGAUGAAUCACCCGGAUGCUAUGAUGCCGCCACCACCCGUGCAUCCGCAUCCACAAAUACCGGCUGGUGUGCUGACGCAAGUCAAGCAGGAGGUGAAACCGAUCAUAAUUCCCCACCAUUCGGCGGCGACGACCACGAUGCACACCAUUCAGCAGAUAACGGCGGGAGCCGCCACGCAGUUGACACCGGGUCUCGUGCCGCUGGUCACCUCGACGCUCAUCUCGCAUAACCCACAAUCGCAAAAGCAACAAGCGGCCGCCGCAGCGGUUGCCCAGCAACAGGCGGCUGCUGCUGCUGCCGCCCAACAGCAGGCUGCCCAGCAACAGGCAGCAGCGGCCCAUCAGCAGCACCAGCAGCAAGUGGCCGCUGCCCACCAGCAGCAACAGCAAGCGGCUGCUGUCCAGGCAGCUCACCAACAACAGCAGCAACAGCUCCAACAGCAGCAUCAGUUGCUGCAGCUGUCCAUUCAACAGGCGGCGCACCAUCAGCAGCAGGAGCAGCAUCGCCAACAGCAGCAACAACAGCAGCAGCAACAACAGCAGCAGCACCAACAGCAGCAGCAGCACCAUCAGCAACAGCAAGGCCAUCCACAGGCACCACCGCCGCAGCAGCAACAGCAGCCACCUCCCCAGGUUCCGAUUGCAUUGAUAAGCGAUCCAAGCGCUCUCGCACGUGCCGCCAUGCAGCUGCAACACUUGCCGGCGAAUGUGGAACAGCACCCGGUCGUUUACUAACAGUAGCCUCUCCUGCACGGCUACACGCCCACCACAGCCCACGUGAGCAGCACCACCAGCACCGCCCCAGCGGCCACAGCGGCCUGGUGAGAUGGACCAGUGAGCAGUGAGCUUCAGAGUGCUAGUGAGCCGGGCUGAAUCGAUAUCUCUAUGUAGGACCCAUAACAAGCACACCCCAUUUAAGCAGAUAGUGUAUGUACAAUAGUUUUAGCAACGCGCUGGUUACGCUGAUCUGUCGCCCCAAUAGAAACUGAGCAUUCAGGGGGAACUAUGGUGGAUCGAGGUUCGAAGUUGAGGGGAUGGCAAGUAACAAGUAAUCUGUCAAGGAUUCUCAGUAAUUUUUUCUUGGAAACAUUUUUAUAUUUUUUAAUAUUACUUAAAUAACUAAUUGGGUUUACAUUUUUAAAGUAUUU